AUGGGGUUCGCUGGGGGAAUAUGGGUUCUUUGGGAUGCUAACUUGGUUGAUGUCUCAGUCUUGGCCCAUAACCGCCAAUUUACUCGUGUGUCCCUUAAAUGGUUACACUCUAGGUCAGCCGAACUUGCAAUCUUUGUCUACGGCUGUCCUAGACGCAUGGAAAGGAAAACUCUUUGGGAUGACCUAACCUCUAUCACUACUGAUGUAGAGGGAGCUUGGAUCGUUCUUGGUGAUUUUAACGCGAUUCUUAAUGAGAAUGAGAAAAAUGGAGGAAACACUGCUUGCCCUGGCAGCAUCUCAGGAUUUCGCAGAUGUAUAAACGAGUGUGCCCUUAUUGAUUUGGGUUUCAAAGGACCCCAUUUCACCUGGAGACGUAACAAUUUGCGUGAAAGGUUGGAUAGGGCCCUUGCCAACCAAGACUGGAAAAACCGCCUCCAUGCUUGCAUAGCUGGCUUAGAUAUGGAACUGCAAGACCAUGCAAGCAAUGCUUUGGAGGUCCUUCAAAGAAAUCUGUGGGGGGAACUAAAUGCAAUCUACCUUCAAGAAGAAUUUAUCUGGUUCCAACGAUCCAGAUGUGAGUGGAUGGUUAACGGAGACAGAAAUACUAAGUUUUAUCAUGCAACAAUUGUGUCCAGGGGAAGGAGAAAUAAGAUUUUGGCCUUGAAAGAUGAAGAGGACAAUUGGAUAGGAGAACCACAAGCACUGAAGGAGAUGGUAGUAGGUUUCUUCGAAAAGGUCUACAUAAAUGAGGGUACUAACAUUGCUCCCUUUCCUUUUUUUGGUUGCUUUCCUAAGAUCACCAGCCCCUCCUUUCAUCAGCUACAUGCAGUCCCUUCAGAAUUGGAGAUCAAAGACGUGUUCUUUAGUAUGAGCCCCUUUAAAGCCCCAGGGCCCGACUGGCUGCAUGCAAUCUUUUUCCAGUCUCAGUGGAAUACCAUUGGCCCUUCCGUUUGCAACCUUAUAAAGAUUGACUUUAUUGACCCUAAGCAGCUUCGUCCUUUCAAUAAAGCCCUACUUUGUCUUAUCCCCAAAGUGGAUGACCCAGAUUCAGUCAAGAAACUUCGUCCCAUAAUGGGAUGGGGAGGUUUCCAUCUGGGGUUCUCGAACAACACCGAUCCUGAGCCAGGUUCGCUUUGGAAAUGUCAGGGCACACCAAAAAGGCGAAAGAGAGAGGGAAGAUUCCGCGGUGAAGGAGGGUGGUGGUCUGGUGAUAUGUUGAAGGCCGGUGAUGGUUUGGUGUUGGUGUACGAGGGGUAUGAAAGAGAGAUAGAGAGAGAAAACUGA